UUUUGGAGAAUUCUGCUUUCAUUCACAGUGGCACCUCCUCUUCCUCCUCCCUCCUCUGCUCAUUCCGCUUACACACACAGACACACACACACACACACACACACACACUUCCACGCUAACACACACACACUCGCACACAAAGCCAUCCAUAAUUGAUGCUAGCUGUAGGCAGGCGCUGGCGGGCUGGACUUUAUAGCGCAGCUGGAUGUGCAUGGAGGAAGGCAGAGGCGAGAUGGUGGAGCAGGGUAACCAGGACACACCGGCGCCCCCGGACCCAUCCAUGGCCCAGGCUUACCCGUCGGCCCAGUUCGCCCCCCCUCCCCAGAACGGCAUCCCAGCGGAGUUCACCGCCUCGCACCCACACCCGCAUCCGCACACCCACCCGCAUCCGCACCAGCACCCGGCGGCGGCGCAGGACUACAGCGGCGUGCAGGCGUCCGUCAGCGAGCACCCGCUCAACAUGUACCAGACGACACAGAGCCACAGCGAGCCCGGCGGCUCCGAGUCCGCCAGCCAGACGGUCACCGGCACAGCCACACAGACAGAUGAUGCUGCCCAGACAGACAGUCAGCCUCCAACACAGACUGUACCUGAAAGCACAGACAGCAAGGCCCAGCCCAAGAGACUGCACGUCUCCAACAUCCCCUUCAGGUUCAGAGACCCCGACCUCAGGCAAAUGUUCGGCCAAUUUGGCAAAAUCUUGGACGUGGAAAUCAUUUUUAACGAGCGCGGAUCCAAGGGUUUUGGGUUUGUAACGUUUGAGCAUAGCAUGGACGCCGACAGGGCAAGAGAGAAAUUACACGGCACCGUGGUGGAAGGCCGUAAAAUAGAGGUCAACAAUGCAACAGCCCGAGUAAUGACAAACAAGAAGACUGUCAACCCAUAUGCAAAUGGCUGGAAGUUAAAUCCAGUGGUCAGCGCUGUCUACAGCCCCGAAUUCUAUGCAGUUCCAGGUUUCCCCUACCCAGCAGCCAGUGCAGCAGCAGCCUACAGAGGAGCCCACCUACGAGGCCGAGGCCGGACCGUGUACAACACGUUCCGGGCGGCGGCGCCGCCCCCCCACAUCCCUGCGUACGGAGGUGUUGUUUACCAGGAUGGAUUUUAUGGUGCAGAUAUUUAUGGUGGUUACGCUGCCUACAGAUAUGCCCAGCCUGCUGCUGCCACAGCUGCUGCAUACAGUGACAGUUACGGACGAGUAUAUGCUGCCGACCCCUACAACCACACACUCACUCCAGCAGCCACAUACAGCGUUGGUGCCAUGAAUGCAUUCGCGCCCCUGACAGAUGCCAAAACUCGGAGCCAUGCCGACGACGUGGGGCUGGUGCUGUCCUCUCUCCAGGCUAGUAUAUACCGGGGAGGCUACAGCCGCUUCGCACCCUAUUAGCACCGCCUCCGACCUGUACUCCAACCUUCCAACGGGACAGAAAGAAAGUGUGUGUGUGCGCGAGUGUGUGAGCGAAUGAGGACGAGCGAGCGGGGAGAGAUGUUUCUGAGGCCUGGGUAUUGCAAUACAUGCAGUUUGUGCAUCAUUUCAGCAUCUCCUAAGAGAGAGGUACAAAAAAAAGUAAAGUAAAAUAAAAUAAAAUGACAGCUGAUAUUUUUCAUCUAUACCUCAGAUAUUUUGUGCUGUGUAUUUUGAUAUUGUGGGUUUUUAAUUUCUAAAGAUUUAAACAUAGUUUAUCAGCUGUAGAAGUUUUUCCAUGGUACUAAUAGAGAGCUGCUAGAGUUACGAUUAGGACACAAAGGAAAUAUUUAUCAGAUUCAAAUUGUAAAGGCUUGUAUAGAAAUCCAACCCUGUAAGAUAGGUCAUAGUCACACUUUUGGGUUUUUAUGUUUUGUAAGAGUGUUACCGUGACCAUGCUCGUCAAGUGUUGUUGUUUUUUCUCUCUCUGCUUCUUUUGGCGCUUCCUCUGUCCGUCGACGAUAGAUUUUUUAUACUUCUUUUGGUUGGGAGGACGUGGAGAAGCUUUGGACUCAUGGAGACUGAUGCAGACUGAAGCUGAACGCAGCAUGAGAACUCUCUUUCAGGCCUGCCAUCCUAAAAUGAAACCUUCCGUCACGUUCCGAUGGGGACAAACCUUUUACACGCCACUGCAACCCUGCUUCCACACGCUCGUGACGGCUUUACCCACCAGUAGAGCCAUGCACUCUCCAGACAGACGCAUCCACUUCCAAUUACCAAAACAAUGACGGACGAUCAGAAAAAACUACGGUCCCUCAGUCAUUUCACUCGGUGUUGUUGUUUGUACUCGUUGGAAAAAAUGUGAAUUGUAGUUCAGUUUCAUGACUUCUGUCACUCGUCCCAGUUUAAUGUGGGUUUUUACAUUUCUGCAAACCAGCUCAACCUCUUCUGCUUCAUCCAGACCUCCCAGCAUGGAUUACAGCUGUGAGCAAAACAACAACUUAACAACACCUCAACAACACCAUAACAGCACCUCAACAACACCAUAACAGCACCUCAACAACACCAUAACAGCACCUCAACAACACCUCAACAACACCAUAACAACACCAUAACAACACCUCAACAACACCAUAACAGCACCUCAACAACUCAUUAAUCAAACUGAUAACUAAUGAGGUCACGGAGUGUUGCAGUGCCGCUGUCUCUCUGCAGCUGGACGGUUCAGCAUCAGGCGACGCUUCUGUCUCACUGUUAACGUCAAAUCACUGGAAGCAUUAGCAUUAGCAUUAGCAUUAGCAUUAGCCAAGAGUAUCUGGGAACAUCCUCCUCUAACAUCCAGAUUAUAGAACAUCUUCCUCCACUAAUAGAUUCAACUCAUUUUUUUUCCAAUCAGUAACUAGUAACUGUAAUCUAGUGGUAAUCUCCACUCCCUUACAGAGUGAAAUUGUUGAAUUGACUUGCGAACAAAUUGAAUUAGUUGUUAAAGAAGAGGGAAGGUGAUUUUUGCAGAGAUGUGAGAAACCGGCAUUGCGCUGGAGCGACUGGAUGAUUUGGUUUAUUCGUGUAAAACUGAUGCAGAGCAGCACAAUGAUGGAACGUGAUGCAUGCCACAUGUCCAUCUCCCAGGAUGCAAUCCUCACCUCUAUCACUGAGCAUAUAAAUACACCUCUUCAUUUAGAGUAGGAGAA